GAAAGGUAACACAAAACGUUCAUUGUCUUUAAUUGUAAGCUAACUUAGCAAGCGCAGUUCAAAAUAACACUCCCACUAAGGCAGUGUUUUAACCUGCUGCUUGUGUCGGUAGUAGAGGAUGUUGAUUUUAGACAGCCCUGUCAAUUUGCAGUCCUCUGUUUACUGUGACAACUAGCCCCCAAAUGUUCACCCUGAUGUUUAGCCUCGCUAGCCGUGAUGCUUGUUUGCUUCAACUUCUGUAAAGACAUUCAAAGUUAGCUCCGUUUUGGGCAGCUGUCAUCAAGCUAUGCAGCACUAGCGAGCUACCACAACAAGCUUGAUAACUUUCUCGAUUCCUUAUUCGACUUAUUUGUGAUUUUUUGGAUCGACUCUUAACACUGUGGAGUUGUUUGGUGGAAACUCAAAGUAGCUGGUGCACCCCGGGGAUCUUGCAUGUUGCCAUGGCGAUUGUGGGACGGAUCUAGGUCACAAACGUUAGGCUAGUAAAGUUCACCAAGACACAUUCAUGUGUUUUACUUAUGUGUACCAGAACUGUAAGUACUAUACAGGUAAUCUCUGCAUCGUACAGCCUGUUAAGCUAACAUCAACGGAUGAUUCUGCCACUCUGCUGCGCGCUAACUGGCUGCGUGGUGGAGGGAAUGUCUCAUUGUUUCCCCGGGAAUCCAAGCGGGCCACGGAGACACUAAACACCAACAGGCAGUGUUAACGACUCCAGACAGGUCACAUUAAAGAGCAGCAGGCUGUAAGUGAGUGACAUGGCAACUGGAGGCACUCCUUUUGACGACAGUGCAGAGGAGCUGCACAACUGGACUGUUACUAAUGGAAGUCUUGAUGACAGACUAAACAACAUGGACUGGGGUGUUCAGCAGAAGAAAGCUAACAGGUCUUCAGAGAAGAACAAGAAGAAGCUUUCAGCUGCGGUGGUGGAGAGCCGCCUGACUAAUGAUAUUUCACCAGAGUCCACGCCUGGGGCAGGUCGUAGGAGAGCACGCACCCCUCAUUCCUUCCCGCACAUCAAAUACACCACUCAGAUGUCUGUUCCAGACCAGGCUGAGCUGGACAAGCUGCGUCAGAGAAUCAAUUUCACUGACUUGGAUGAGAGGAGCAUUGGCAGUGACUCCCAGGGUCGCGUCACAGCUGCCAACAACCAGCGCCAGUUACCUGGAGAGAACAAGAAGCCCUACAACUUCCUACCUCUGCAUGUUAACACUAACAAAAGCAAGGAGCCACUCCCUCCCUCCUUGUCUGCCCCGACCACACCGGCCAUCACCAAGGAAACCAAGAAACAGAGCCCAGGACUCAGGGACACAUUAACCCCUUUGCUUCCUACCAAGGAUACCCCAAGGCCCAGUCGUGUUGGCACAGAGAGAGGGCCAUCGGCACACAGAGAAUAUGGGAGAGGAGAACCCAGAAUAGACAGCAGCCAGGUGGUGAGCAAACUGGUACAGAUCCGGGAGUACAUCAGUAAGGCCAGCUCCAUGCGGGAUGACCUGGUGGAGAAGAACGAUGUGCCGGCAAACGUGGAGCGUCUCUCUCAUCUCAUCGACCACCUCAAAGAGCAGGAGAAGUCCUACUUGCGGUUUCUGCAGAAGAUGCUGACACGAGAGAAUGAGGAGGAUGACGUUGGGACCCUAGACUCUGCGGUGGGUUCAGGUUCACUGGCAGAGAGCACUUCUCUGAACGUUGAGGUUCACUCUUCAGAUGCUUCAAAUGCAACGGGUGGCAGGCCAGAAACGGUGAGAGCUGACCAGAAAGAAGAGUUGGAGAAUCUGCGUAAGCAGCACGAGCUGCUGAAGAAGAUGUUAGAGCAGCAGGAGCAGCUCAGAGCUCUGCAGGGAAGACAGGAAGCAUUAAUGGCCAUGCAGGACAGCGCAGAACAGGCACUGGCUGUGAUCGAAGACACUGUGGUCACAGAAACCACUGGCAGUGUUUCAGGCCUGAGCAUCACAUCUGAACUGAAUGAAGAGCUGAACGAGUUGAUCCAGCGGUUUCACAACCAGCUACGUGACUCUCAGACUAAAGCAGUGCCAGACAACCGUCGUCAGGCACAGAGCCUUUCCCUCUCCAGAGAGGUGUGCUGGUCCAGGACUUCUCAGGCUCUCGGUCCGCCUCAACACAGGCCUCUCCUCCACUCUGCCUCCGGUCCCCACUCUGGCCUGGACACUGGGGCAACAGCUGCUAGUGCCAAACUCACAAAGCUCCAAGAACUGCAGGACAAAAAACAAACCAUGGACAAGAUCCUGCAGGAGCUGCACUCGCUCAGAGACCAGACUCUCAACAAUAACUCAUGUCGCAGUUUGUCCGCACAGUGCAGCCUGAGCAUGGGAGGAUCUUCAGAAUGUCCAUCUGCUCUCUGCUCUAAUGGGGCAUCAGCUUCCACGGCCUUUCAUCCUUCCAUCACACAACGCCAGGACGGCUCCAAUUCCACAGACAAGCUCAGGAAGCUAAAGGAGGUCCACAAGCGUCUGAAUGAGCUGCGGGAGCUGGUUCAGUACUACGAGCAGACGUCUGAUAUGAUGGUGGAUGCGGUCAAUGAGAAUGUGAAAGAAGAUGAUGAUGAAGAGGAUGAGGAAGAUGAGACAGAGGACGGCUCUAUGUUUGAAGCCAUGUUCGACUCUGAGCAGGAGAACCGACAGCCUGUAACUAACAUCAGAAACCCACAGCGCAGCGGGAACUGGACAGACCUGAACAGCCUGAUGAACGGGCGCAGUGUGAGGAGCAGUGCCACUAACAACAGAGAUGGCAGACUGAACACAGAGUGUGAGAUCAACAACCGGUCAGCUGCCAACCUCCACAGCCUCAACAUCCCCUCAGCCAUAGAGUGCCAGUACAAUAGGGAUACCCCCUAUAAUCAGGUGAAGGAUGAAGAUGAGGAUGAAGACUGCCUUGAUAAUGAUGGAGGUGCCCAGGCUCGGGCGCCAGACAGCGAGGCGUCGGGAUCUAGCCGGAGAAGCAGUCUGGGAAAUGAUGUCGGAUUUUCUCAGAAGGCUCAUCGACAGACGGCAAAGCAGAAACUGCGGCAGCUUCAGGAGCUUGUGGCCAUGGUGCAGAGUGAUGACACAGAUGUCACGACAACCAAUGAGGAUGAAGUUUUACACCAACAGCCCAAUAAUACCAGAGCUACUGCCGUGGGGUCACUGGGAGCCGGAGCCAAACAGAAUCCCAGAGAUCUCACUCUCUCCAGCAAGGCCAGGGAGAAGCUGUACGAGGAGAAGCUACGUCAGCAAAAGCAGGAGCUGAAGCAGCUCCAUGAAGAACGGCAGAGGCUCAUUGAAAUCCAAGGCAAGAUCCAGGACCUGCAGUGGGCUUGCCCUGACCUCCAGUCGUCUAUGUCCAGUACAGUGAGUCCUCAGGGCUUGCUGAGGAAGGUCCCAGUCGCAGUUUCCACCCCGGCCCCUGUCCAGAUUUCCUCUGGACCCAAAGCCAACUCAUCUAUGCUCAAACCCACCGCUCAAGAAGCCGCCACUUCUUCAGUCACUGACAAUGAGCAGCUUUGGUCAGAGAUGCGUCGCCACCAGAUCUUGCGCGAAGAACUGCGACAGCGCAGGAAGCACCUUGAGUCCCUGAUGGCUGAACACCAGAGGCGAAGUGGUGUGAAUGACUCGCCCAGGCGGAUUGAAGACCAGGACGGCCUUGCUUCACCCUCACAGCCUAUUAGCAGGGAUGAAAGGACAAUGGCCACCUGGGGCUCCACCCCCUGCCAUCUUGAUGAUGAUGACGACGAUGAUGACGACGACGAUGAGGCUGAAUAUCACUCAGAGAUGUGUGCAGAGGAGGAAGAUGAGCAGGAGGAAACUGUUGAGAGCAGCUCUGAUGACGACAUCCACAUCUACUCAUCCAGCAGGAACCAGUGCUCCUACAGUAACCGCAAGAACCAAGGAAGCAACCUGAAGCCUCCACUUGCGUUCUCGGGUGAAGCGAGUGGGAAUUCAUCCUUUCAUAACAAGACUAACUCAAAGCAGCAGCAGCAGCAGCAGACGUGCAGAAGUUUGAACCAGUCUGUGAGCCAGCAUGGAGCUACACGGCGACAAGAGAACCUGCGCUGGGCGUCUGAGCUCUCCUUUGCAGAGGGCUCGUCGCACUGGCAGGAGCAGGUCAGCCAGCUGCAGAGACAGCUUGACUUCAGCACCAGCAUGUGCCAGACACUCCUGCAGGAUCAGCAGUCACUCUCCUACAUGUUACAAACCCUGCUGACGGGGCAGUACAGUCUGCUACCCAACAACGUGUCAUCACCGCAGGUCCACCUUGUCAUGCACCAGCUCAACCAGUGUUACACACAGCUGACUUGGCAGCAAAACAACGUACAAAGAAUAAAGCAAGUCUUAAACGACCUCCUUCGGCAGCAGCAGCAGCAGCAGCAGACUUCCUCUUCAGCAGCAGGUUGGCAGACACAGAAGCACAGCUCAGCCCAGGAGUCCAACGCUGCUCCCUCUGCCUCUCCUGGCUUCUUUCCCUCCUUCUCAUCCAACCUCCAACCUUCAACCAACAACGUGUCAACUGCGGCCUUAUCCCCAUUCCCUCCCAGCUUUAACUUAUUUCCACUCUAUCCUGCUCCCGUGGGUGAUUUCCCUCAAGGGGCAACAGCUCAGGCAAGCCCUGACCACCAGAAGCAGCAGCUGGACCCAAACACCUCCAUCAAAACUGAGUACAUGAGUUUCCCUCCUCCACUGCAGCGCUCUCCUCUGAACACCACAGCAGAGAGAGGAGCCGCAGGCUGGCUUAAAACCUCCUACACAAACAACAACGUCCAUAACCGCCAGUGUAAAAUAGAUCCCCAAGACUCUCCCUCCUUCUCCCCCACCUAUGCCAAUCGUCAUAUCCGUCAUCAGGAUUUUGACAGGGCGUCACAGGAAAGCUUCAGCAGCAUGCCUGACCCUGUCGACCCCACCACCAUCACAAAGACCUUUAAGAGCGGGCGCAAGGCCACGGCGCAAGCAAACCUGGCCUCUCGGACCAAAACGCCCAAUUCUAAAAGCCGCCGCAGGAGGAGCAAAGGGCAGAACAAGAACAGUGAAGGUCAUGACAGUGACAGUGCAAGCAGUACUGCAGACUUUGCCCAGGAGAGGGCACCGCUGUCUCGUCACAAAGAUCAGAACAAAAGUCUGCUGGACAAGCUGACUCAAGAAAAACUUGACAGCAAGACUAAGCUUGGGAGUAAAAGGAAUGACCUCUCUUCUGCCUAUGCUUGGAGAACACCCUUCCUCUCUAACAGAAUUGCAUGCACAGAAGCACCAGAUGCAAGCAGUGACUUCUCACUCUUCGAGGCACUGAGGGAGACCAUUUACUCCGAGGUGGCUACUUUGAUUUCCCAGAACGAAUCCCGUCCCCAUUUUCUCAUCGAGCUCUUCCAUGAGCUGCAGCUGCUCAAUACAGACUACCUACGACAGAGGGCGCUGUAUUCCCUACAGGACAUUGUGACCCGGCACCUGACAGAGAAGAGUGCUGCUGAGGACCAGUUGCCCCCUCUCGGUCCUGUGUCAUGGGCUGCAGGCUCCCAGUCUGAGCUCACACCCAGCGAGAGUCUAGCUACCAGUGACGCAGAGGUGGUGGAGAAAAACCUGAGACUCACACAGGACUCUGUGAAGAGGAGGGACGAUGCAGAGUCUGUGGACAACGAAAGCACCAUGUCGACUUCCUCCAACCUGGAACCAUUUGCCAACGAUGACCUGGGCAACACGGUGAUUCAUUUAGACAAGGCUCUGGCCAGGAUUAGAGAGUAUGAGCGCAUGAAGCUUAAGGCUGAGUUUAACCCCUGCAAUGCCAGCACUGCAGGUGAAGGUAGCUCUGAAGUCUCAAACGCUGAAAACCUCUCUGCUAACCUCGCUGACCAAGUGGAAGGUGCUGCAGCUGGGGAUGGACGCUGUCCUCAGAUUGACACCCAGCAGUUGGAUCGUCAGAUCAAAGCCAUCAUGACAGAAGUCAUUCCUUUCCUUAAGGAGAACAUGGAUGAGGUGUGUUCCCUCCAGCUGUUGACAUCUGUGCGCCGCAUGGUCCUCACUCUCACCCAACAGAACGAUGAAAGCAAAGAGUUCGUCCGCUUCUUCCACAGACAGCUGGGAGGCAUACUGCAGGACUCGCUCAGUAAAUUUGUGGGCCGCACUCUGAAGGACUGCGGGGAGGACCUCCUGGUGGAGAUCUCCGAGAUCCUCUUUAAUGAACUCGCCUUCUUCAGGCUCAUGCAGGAUCUGGAUAGCAGCAGCAGCAGCAUGGCGUUGGCAGCCAAACACAAGAAUAAAAAAAGGGCUGAGCAACUUAGUAAAGCAAAUCAAAGUCAGAAGGAAAACACAGACGCUGGAAGAGAUAAAUCAGCUUCCCCAGCCUACACUGAUGAAGACAAGGACCAGGACGAGGCUGAGCUGGAAGGUGAAUCUACUCUGAAAGAGCAUUGCCUGCAGAUGGAGAGAAGGAGCAGCAGGGGCAGUGAAGCUUCUGAGGCUGAAGAGGAGGAGGAUGAUGAUGAAGAGGAUAGACAGGGCAUGCCUCUGUCAAUUAGUCUUUCAAAAGCAGAGACUCGGGCUUUGACAAACUACGGCAGUGGAGAGGACGAGAACGAGGAGGAGGAAAUGGAGGAGUUUGAAGCUGUACCUGUUGACGUCCAAACAUCUUUGCAAGCGUCUGCUAAUGCACAGGUGGAGCAUGAGGGGAACACAUCCAGAGAAACACGGGGGUCUAAAACUGAGCAGAAGAGUUCAGAGAAUGAUGACGAAUUCAGUAGGUCAGGUGGGACUGUGAACUCCACAGCAGAGGACUGUGACAUGGCCGAGUGCCAGAGUCCUGAGGAGGAGGGUGAAGUCGGAGCAGCUGCUGACUCAGAAGGAGGCUCUGCAGUCUCCCAUGGUCAGGACGUCCCCAAGGAGUCCAACAGCACGAGCAGCCCAGAUACAGACUCCCCCGUCAUGAUCAAUGUAGAUGAGGUUGGCUCGGGAAACACCAGUCAGAAAUCAGAUGAGGAAGACUUUGUGAAGGUGGAUGAUCUGCCACUGCAGCUAUCAGUCUUGUGUGAGGAGGAGCUACAAAAGAGAAUAGUAGAGGAGCAGCAGAAUAACAACCUGUCUGUAGAGAUCCUCAACGGAAACACUGAAUCGCUGACUGGGCUGGUGGGAAACGCACAGGCCCUGAAGGAACCAGAAAACGUUGGAGCCCAGGGUGUGUAAAGAUUUACACUGAAAUCGACAGUUUUCUCCAACACUACCCCCCGACUCCCUCAAUCCGUUCUGUGUGUACGAUUGUUCGUUCAUAAUCUGCUACUUUAAAGGAGCAAUGGCUCACAAUGUGUCACAAGAUAGCUGUGACUCUGAUACACAACAGUUAAACACCUACACAUAAAAAAAACACUUAGUUUCUUUUACUCCUGAAUGUUUAAUGUGAUUUAUGGGUAAUCUGGGGAGGGUUUGUCUCUAUGCUGCUGAUUACAGUUAAGCCUCUGUUUAAAUCUCUAUAGUACUGAAUCUCCUCCUCAGAUCUGCCUUUGCCUCCUUCUUGGUUCUGGGAUCACUUUGACCGAGUUGUGACUUUUUAAAAAAUAUUUUAUUUGUCUUUGCCCGGCCUUAUUGCUGUACAGCUCGUCUCUUCUGCACUUGAUUCCUGUUCUAGAGAGAUUACAGUAGGACUUCAGCUUCAUUGUUUCUCUUCUUAUUCCUUCAUUUCAGAGCUCAGGCUUAGCUUUUAUCCCUUCAGACACAUCUUUAUAUACUGUUUUGUUCUGUUUAUCUUCAUUGAUUUUGCUGUAAUUAAAAUGUUGACGACAGGCAUAUGUUUUAAAUAAUAAAAUACUGAACCUUUCAAA